AAGCCGACAGAAGUUCGUAUCACACAAUUGACACCGAUAUUAGUAGCACAACAGGAGGCACUGUUUGAGUGCAAUUCGUUUGGCUCCCGACCCAUGCCUACCAUUCACUGGUUUUUCGAUGGCAAACGUCACGACACCCGCUCUCACGGCGAGCAGCAGACAUCGACCACGUUGACAAUUAUGGUGGACAGGGAGCACAAGGGAUCAUUACUAGAAUGUGUGGCCCAGAAUCCUAAAAUACCCAACUCGGGCAUUUCCGAUCAAAUCAAGCUUAACGUACAUUAUUCGCCGCUAUUGCACCUAAAACUGGGCGCACCGACGAUGAGUCUGGACAACAUCCAGGAGGGGAUCGACAUCUACUUUGACUGCCAUAUCGACGCCAAUCCCCGGCCGACGACACCAAUUGUAUGGCUUUUUAAUGGCAACGCUCUGCACACCAGACAAGGU